GGGAGAUUUCAAUAUGGACGCCUCCAGUGAAAUAAGUAUAAUUGCACCGAUGGACAUAGCCUAAGCGAAAGGGUAACGGGAAAAAUCAACAAACAAGUCCGGUUGAUGAAAACCAAUAUGGAGUCAACAGAUGGUGAAAACCAACCAAUGGAAAUGGAUAUCAGUAAGGUCAAAGUUGAAAUAGAUGAAGAAAUUGACACAUACUACUUUGAAUCUGAUCAUGUUGCUUUAAAAGGAAAUGCAGACUAUCAUGCCAUGCUGAGAACUAUAGCGCUAUUGGAAGCUCAGAGAAUUCAGGCUAUUUCUGAUUUAGAUAGACUUUAUAAAUGUCGAGAUGAUGCGUUAGAAGAUCCUAUAGGUUUUGUGGACAAGCUACAAAGAGGGGAAGACUUAAACUUACCAAAACAACAGAGAAUUGCAGAAUUACCAAUGAUAAAUUGGGAAAAGUACACCAGUACUGUUGACUUUACAUCACUAGGGAUCCCAAAACAUCUGACAAGGUUAAAAAAACAGCUUGUUAAUGGUGCAGCUUCAACAGAAAAUGAACAGAAACCCAUCAAUGCUAACUUACAGACAUUUGAUGGUCAGUCAAGUUUAGUGAGGGGUCGUAUAAAAGAAGAGGGCAAAUCAGCCACAUUUAACCAGCUUUGGUCUAUAGAAGAACAGAAAAGGUUAGAAGAUUUGCUGAUAACCUACCCUCCUGAAGAUGUGGAGGCUAAAAGAUGGCAGAAGAUUGCAACAGCUAUAGGAAACAGAACACCUCAGCAAGUGGCUAGUCGUGUACAGAAGUAUUUCAUAAAAUUAGCAAAGGCUGGGCUGCCUAUACCUGGCAGGAUGCCUAAUGUUGGCAACUUAGGUAUUAAAAAGCAAGGUCACAGACAUCACAGGUACCACAAGUUUUAUUAUCAGCCAUCAACAUUUCUCCAAUCCCAUCAGCCACCAGUAUACAUGUCUGAUGAUGACGAAUCACAAAGUUACCAUAGUUUUGGCAGAGAUACUGAAGAUUCUCAAGGGAGCAUGGCAGAGGAAUAUGAAUUUAUAUCAGAUGAUGAAUCUAUACCAGUAGAACUACGAGAUAGUGAGGACUAUGAAGAGUUGAUGAAACUGAAAAGAUUAAAGAAACAGAAGCUACAAUCUUUACAGUGUUUUCAUGAAGGGUUUAAAUGUGACAAAUGUGAAGUUGAACCAAUACCAGAUACCAGAUGGCAUUGCCUUGAUUGUCCUGUAGGAGAGGAGGUUGAUUUCUGUGAGGAUUGUGUCGACAGCAACUUUGAAACAGGGAAGCACAAUUCUAGUCACAGAUUGAAGCCAAUUAGACUUCCCAGCAAAGACACAUGUGUAAAAGACAGAGACUAUAUGACUUUCAUGCCUGGAGAUUAUAACUAUCUUGAUCCUAAUUAUAUGCCUGCAACCUAAAA